GCCUUCCAGUUCGUACUGAAACAGCGAGACAGUAACCAUAACCAGUGUGCGAUUCCUGCUUCCAUGCGAACAAUCUUGCUCCAUCUCGGGUGCAGAUGUGAGUGUGCAGUGUAGUGUGAUAAGACUUUAUUUUCAACAGAAGACUUCAUUAUCAGUGUGGACCUUUUGCUUUGAACUGUGAUUUCGUGAUCUGAAAACAAAUUCUUUGCGGAAGACGGAUAGGUCUUUAUUGCCAUUCCGAGACGGAAUAGAAACUUCCAGCUUUAGUGACUUUGUUCUGUGAUUGGUUUUGUUUUGUUUUGUGGGUGAUUUUGUCAAUAAUCGAAAGUAGCAACAGCAUCAGCAGCAAAAAACAGCAAAAUAUCGGACAUUUGUAGACCGGUGAACUGAAUGGUGAAGAUUGAACAGUGCAGUGUGAUCUACUCGGGCGUGCCAGGACAGCGACAACUGAUUUACGCGGAACCGUUCCAGCGCAGGCGGCAAAAUUCCGGCGAUCUAGGCCUCUUGUUGUCUCCCGAAAGUGGAAUUAACUACUUCCAAAUGGCCAGUCUCCCGCAAGCAGCCUUCGCAGUGCACAAACUGCGCAAACCAAAAAACGAGAAAGACCUCACGGUGGCACGCCUCAGUAUGGAGAAACAGGAAACACCUCGCUAUAUGAACAACCAAACGUUGGACCUAUCACCGGUCAAGUAUAGCGAUAAAUUCAUGAACAGCAUCUGGGGUCUGUACAAUCGCUAUUCGCCGCAUAACUUCAAGAAGAACAACGGUUCCGAUCUGCAGUACUUUAGCAUGCAGCAGCCAUUCGCUGUUGCAUGCGCCGCUUCGGAGAAAAACACCUCCGAGGCACCUUCCGGAUCCAAGAAGUAAAUUCGUUGGACCAUCCAUUGGACAUAUUGAAUUUUGUAGUGACAACCAAUUGUUCUUGUAGAUAUAAAUCAUACUUAUCUGUGUUUUUAUUAGUGAUUAAAAAUUAUUCUUCUAAAAUUUAUAUGCAUGAUAAAAUUUAUGGGACUGAAUAUGGCUAUUAAAUACUA